UGUAAACCAGAUGACCUUUGCAAGCGUCCAAGAGCCCUUUCACGACAGGCCUAUGUGGAUGCGACUUUCAUUUUGGACAGCUCCCAGAAAAUGAGCAAUGCUGAAUUUGGGAAAGUAAAAGACUUCCUGAGCAGAUCACUUGAUGUCUUUGACAUUUCCUCUAACCCAGGAGCUGUUUCUACAGGUGAUAGAGUGGCAGUGGUGAGCCAUGCUCCCCCAGGUUUCAAGCCCAAGAAUCGAAAGAGCCCAGUAAAGGUUGAGUUCAGUUUAAUCGCCUACAACAGCAAAGAUGUAAUGAGGAAUCAUAUUGAAAAAUCUCUUCAACAGCUGAAUGGAGAAGGUGCUCUUGGCCAUGCCAUGGAGUGGACAAUGAAAAAUAUUUUCUCAACGGCUCCCAAACCAAGAAGCCACAAGGUUAUUAUUGUUAUAUCUGCUGGAGAAACAAGUCCAUGGGACAGGGAAAUAUUAAAGAAGGCAUCUGUGAGAGCCAAGUGCCAAGGAUAUGCUGUGUUUGUAAUUUCAUUAGGACAGUUUCAUAAUGCCAAAGAAGUGGAAGAGCUCACUAGCAUUCCCUUGGAACAGCAUUUGGUUCAGCUCGGUAGAACUCACAAACCUGAUCUUGACUAUGCAGAAAAGUUCAUGAAAGCAUUUGUACAUCUCCUCAGGGGUACAGCCAAGAAGUAUCCACCAGAAGAGUUCAAGAUAAAAUGUGACAAGUUCAACUUUCAGAGCCAAUGACCUAUAUGGCUGAAAAGUAAGAGACUAUCAGAAGAAAGGAGGAAAUUAAAGAAUUAAACUCAGCAUGGUUCCAGUAUGAAAAUAAUCCUGUAUUUAUGCUAUCUAACUCCCCUUACUGUCCUCAACAAAGUUGCACAAUACACCUGGGCAUGCUCUGUCAAAUACCUACCUAAUUC